AGCAGCACAAUAUAAUUCCAAAGCAGUAAGCAUAAGAGUACACACAGGCAGGUAGUAGUAGGAUGGGGGUAGUGGUCAAUCAAAGAGGAGCGCCGCCAGUCAGGGGUGGAUGGGUGAGCAGGGGACUCGGAUCAAAGGGGAAGAGGGAACGGGAGGAAGAAGGAUAUAGGGAUCGGGUUAAGGGAGGACGAAGAAGGGAGAAAGAAUCGGAUGAAGAUGAAGGGACGUGAGGGGAAUCAGGGGCGUAUCAACAGGAAACACCAUCACCCCGUAGUAGCUAGAAGCACAACCCAAUAAUCGAACAAAUAAAUACGGUAAAAGGGUUAGGCUAGGGAUAUACAAACGCGUUUUUCAACGACACAAACCACAGAACAGCGACAAGGGGAUAAGGAUAUCGAUAAAAAACGAGGAUCCAGCAAAAAGAAAAAAAGGGGCCAAAGCCCCGACUAUAUGUAACACACAGGUGAGAAGCGGAACCAGACCGAAACACACAGAAGAAAGUUU